UCAGGAUAGCUUCAAACAAACGACCCAGUCUUCUCAUAGCAACCGCCCAAAAGUCUCCACACUUUCUGUGGCAAUUUAUUCUUGUUAUAGUUAUAUAUUGCUCGUAAACGCGCCUACUUUAUUGUUAAAGUUGUUGGCUUUUUGUUAAAAAGUGAUCAACAAUUUUGUUGUUCUUGUUUUGUUGAAGAAGGCAAAAAAAUCCCGGUUGGGAAGAAAGCAAGAAUUAGUGGUUUUGAUUGAGUAAUUGAUGAUGGAUUACUAUCAGCUUGCUAGUUCCAGUUCUUAUCAAGAAUCCAUUUUGGCCCUCGAAGCAGAUAUUCGCCAUGCCAAUGCCUUGGCGGCUUCUAUUUCAAGAACAAGCAAUAAUGCUUGUUUGCACAUGAGAUUAGUCUACAAUAACUUGGCACCUUUAUUUCUGUUUCUGCUGCAAUGGAUAGAUUUCUCAUGCACGUGCUUGCUUCCAAGCUAUUUGAAUCUCUUCCACAUCGUUGUAUAUGAGGUUACCUCUGAUGGGAAGCAGUUGUUUGCCUCGCAUGGAAGGAGAGCAACUGUUAGAGAAUUUUAUGCUGUUAUAUUACCAUCACUACAGUGCCUUGGUGACAACUCGCAUGAGCUACUUAGUGAUAAAGACAAAGGUCAGAGCUUACAAGUGAUCGUAAGAAACAAAAUUGGAGGAAGUAACAAGCAAGUUGAUGGUGAUUUGGAGAGGGAAGAUGAAUGUGGGAUCUGCUUGGAACCCUGCACCAGAAUGGUUUUGCCUAACUGCUGCCAUGCAAUGUGCAUCAAUUGCUACCGUGACUGGAACCUGAGAUCAGCAUCAUGCCCAUUUUGCCGAGGUAGCCUGAAGAGAGUAAACUCAGGGGACUUAUGGGUUCUCACCUGUGAAAAGGAAGUAGCUGAUAAGGACGCUCUUCUGAAAGAGGAGACAUUGCGUUUUUACCUCUAUAUAAACAGUCUUCCUAAGGAUGCUCCUGAUGCUCUUUUCUUGGUUUACUAUGAGUACUUAAUUUGAUACCGACAUAAGGUAGAUGAAUAUCUCAGUAGCCAACUAACCUGUGUAUAAGUUUUUGUUACUCUUAUUCCCCAUUUUUUCCAUUUACCUCUCCAAUUCUGAGAGCAAAAUCUAUCUGUGCAGAAUAAUGUAUUUCCUAAUUCUCUAAUUUAGCCUGGAGAUAUAUGAAAAA